UCGGCAGGCGAAGAAGUCCUGCAUGAGUUCACCUUCAGGUAGAGAGCUCUAAAAUAAGAUUUUGGAAAGAGAUCAGUCGUUUACGCCAUGAACGGGUCUGUUCAUAGCAUGCCUAAAGAGGUGGAAAUUCAGCUAAAAAGAGGACCUGCUGGACUUGGGUUUAACAUAGUCGGUGGUUUGGACCAGCAGUAUGUGUUGAAUGACAGCGGGAUCUACGUGGCCAAAAUCAAAGAGAAUGGCGCUGCAGCACUGGAUGGACGGCUACAGGAAGGGGACAAAAUACUGGCGAUAAAUGGCAACCGGUUGGAGAACCUGUCCCAUAGUGCAGCAGUGGAGCUCUUCCGGUCAGCUGGAGAGGAUGUGUUUCUCUGCGUGCAACAGAGAUCCUCCCUCCAUCACAACGGUCCGGUGAGCUCCCGGCCUGAGAGCGAGGCGCCCGUCUCCUCAGUCGGCCUCCUGUUGGGCCUCGCGGCUGCCGCCGCCGCCAUCACCGUCGCCGUAGUCUACUUCAAACGCUUCCCUCCGGGCCUGCGGAAGCCCAUUUAAACGACACCGUUCUCACAUUUCAAGGACCAAACGUUGGGAGUAUACUCAGAGGGCCAAAAAAGAAAAAAGAUAAAAGAAAAAAAAACACACACACACACACACAAAGUGUAACGAAUUAAGGAUUGGGACACAUGUUGGAAAAUACACCCUGAAGAUGCGAGCAAGCCAUGUUUUCCUAAACGUAUAAGCAAACAACAGCAACAACAGUCUAAAAAAAAAGGUGUUAAUAUUGCUGUCAUGAUUGCCAUGUUGAGCUGGUGUUCCCCUUCAUUUUUUGGUGGGGGUUUUCUUAGUCACUUUAAACCAAAGCUCUGAGUCUGUCUGUCCCAGCAUUGCACAGGGGGAGGGAAGAUUCAGCCGCCAUGUUGUUGUCAGGAGACAGAAGUGAUCGUGUCUCCACAACCGACCACGUAGAGCUAUAUAGGGGAGAAAAGGACGACGAGGUGGAAGAUGGAAAGAGUUAGAUGGCGGUUAAAGAGAUAGAGAGGAAAAGAGUUGAAGUAACUGACCUAUGAGGAGCGCCAUUACUUUAUAGCGACGCCCUCUAUUUUCACCCCCUCCUUUGCCAAGAGCAGAAACUCUUUUUUUUAAAUACGUUUUCCAUCUUCCAUUCUUCCCCUCACCACAGUGUUUCCUUUUUUGCCCUCUCCCAUUCUAAUGCCAAAAACUAAAAGCAUAUACAAGUGUAAAUAUUGUUCCAGGUAUAAAUAUAUUUUCAAAUACUGUCACUCACCAGGGAGAGCUUGGUGUCACGUUGCUGUGGUGACAUGGUUUUUAAUCGGUUUAUGUGUUUGUUUGUUUAUCUUUGAUUUUGUCUGAAAUUUUGUCAUCGUCAAUGAUGACUUGGCCAAGGCAGUAGAUGCAGCUGUGUAUUUUGUACUAGACGGCCCUGUGACAUCCUCCAGCUUGGGCCUGUAAAUGACCGCUCGGUUCCCUCCCCAACCCCCUGCCUUAGCUGACCAUGUAACUGGCUGCUGUCUCCUUCUGACCAAUGCAGAAGUUCUUUUUAAUAUUAACCGUUGAGUUCAAACUCAGGCCUCUCGUUAAAUCUAUUUACAUGCACGUCUUUCAAAAAGGACACACAAAUGAAAUGCUAAUAUGUUUCUGACGGAAAAGGGACGUUUUGUGUGACAUUCAGGUGAUGAUAAGUGUGAGCUGGUAACCUGACACCUGAGUUAUCUCAAACACCCCAGGAUUACAUCAUUCUGCACUCUCACUGUUUGACAUGCGUGUGAGCAGCCACGUGCUUGAAGCCAGUCACUGCCCCCUGUUGACUUUGCUAGAGAACUGCACUGCACUGCACUGCACUGCACUGCACUAUGCAUAUGGAAAUAGACUGUGAUGUAGAUGCAUGGUAGAAACACAGGCGUUGUUCAGGGUAAUAGACCAGACUAGACAGAUCAACGUGAUGGUCUGCAGUCCAGUGACCUAGAGUGGCAGUAGGUUUGACACCCACGCAACUGCCCCCAUGUCCACUCCGCUACACUAAAGAAAGAGCACUCGGUAGAUCUUCCGGUAAAGAAAUGAUUUAAUGGGGGAAGCACACAUUUUAAUUUGAACUGAAUGACAACUUUAAACUUGUUUUGAACUGUUUUUGUAUCAGAAUUAUUGUUUGCCUGUAAUGUCUGGUGUGGAAAAAAGUGGUCGAAGUAUGUACAUGUGUUUUUGAGGAAUUCUUUGUUAAUGUUUAAGUGCACUCUAUUAUGAAGAUGUUCAAGAGCCUUAAAGUGCGUGGUGUUCUGACAUUAGUGUGUGUGCAUGUGUUUGUGUGCCCUAUAAUAGUGCUACAAAAGCCAGUUAUUACUUUGAAAAGACACACAAAACAGAAAGUCAAAAUGGAUGUUGUUCUUCUCAGGCAUAUGAAGUCAGCUUUGAAAGAAUGGAAAGAUGGAUGAAUGUUAUGAUGGACUUGUCAUUGUUCUGCAUUGAGUGAUGCGCCAAGAUCACCCACAUUUAGCCUGACUUGCCUCUGUGGGCAAAGCAUGGAGUGGUUUUGCAGCUCAGCCUCACAACGAAAAUCCCCCCUCCCUGAGUCCUGUUAGCAUGUUGCUUCACCAGGCGUGUGGGCAUAUCAGGAGUGUAUUUGGCACUGAACGAGCCACAGUGAAUGGAGCUCUGUGUUGUCCUGGAGGCACAGGUGACAGGUGUUCGAACUGCUAUUUAGCGCAAAUACGCUACCCUAUUCAAGGAUUUUUUUUUUCUUUUUUUCUUUUUUUUUUAAAGAAAAAGGCCAAAUUUUUGGUAAGACCUUUGAUUGGUCGGUCUGUUUAUUUUACACUAAUCCUGCUUUGCGACCCCGCCCUCCCCCUCUAAUUCAGUCGUUUGCCUUGUGCAUUUCUGAAAGAUCGCAACAGAGAAACCACAGACAGCAAUUAGCAUUAAUUGCAAUGCAAUUAAUCACUUUAUUCCACUGUUUAGAUGCUCCACCACAUAAACCACACGUACAGUCCCAUGAUUCAGCUGUGAUCUGAGCCUGGUGUGUUGGGUGGGCAGGUGACCUACACCUUGACUGUAUGGUGUGUGUGUGUGUGUUCUGUCCGGUCUUGUCCUGCACGUGAACCUUAAAGCCUUAUAACCGGAGCUGUAAAGUACCGUCACACAUCAGCGCAGGGAAGUGGUCAAGAAUAAAACCUGACUUUACUGUAAUUACAA